GUCCAGACCGUUGCGGAUAUAUUAAUAUAUAUAGCAGACGCUGUAAACUCGCGCAGACGCGAAUAGACGCACACACGCGCAUUCUAUAUAUACCCCGCACGAUACACGACACUGUACUCUGCUGCGCUUCUCGCGAUCGGCUCUGCCGGCUGUUGUGCAUACGCGCUUACUUCGUCCGUUGAAUCACGUCUACCAAAACGGCAGUAGCGCGUCUUCUCUUCCUCGUCGGCCCUUUUCCGGGUCUGCAGUGCGCGGCUAUACUUCCGGGGCCGCGAUGUCGCCGUAACGCAGAAGGUCGCGCGGGAGCAGACGCCGAGAGACAAAGACCGAAAGACGUCGCGGCCAAUAGGAGAGCGCCGCCAGUAUAGGGAAUUUCUAGGUUAUGGAACGCAGCAGCAGCAACACGAUGCAGUCAGUCGUCGGUGUUGUCGUUCCCGGGCGAAGGAGGCCAUCAGCAGCCGCAGCAGCGAAUCGUCGCUGAGCUCGGAGAGUCUUAGUGUGAGGAUCGCGAGGAUGGAUGCCGCGUUGGCACGUUGUUGACGAGACCGCGACCACGACAUCACGAGGAGAGAUUGCUUGUGGAGUUAGCGCAGCUGCGAGUUACACACGCUCCGAGCGGGAUUCGAGGAGAGAAAGCCACGGAGAAGGUGAUCAAUGAUGGCUCAAUUUGUUGCCGUUUGCGUGGUCUGCGUACUUUGUGCAGCGCAUUCGCCAUGCUUUGCACACAUGGAUGCUCCUACAGUAGUGAAACAAACGACUCCCAGUGUGAAAUAUUCAACAGAAUUACCCGGUUAUAGUGAACACUUACUACCCCAUCGGAUAGAUUACACUGAAAUUCCACAGAGGAAAAAUAUAAAUACUAAAGAUUCCAAAGGAAUCUCUAAUAAUCACAAACAUUCGUUCAACAAAGUGCCUGAUGAGAAGAAUGAGCUGUCACACUAUGACGACAGGUUAGCAGAAGACCUGGAGCAAGUCCUUGCACAUGAAAAGGCUAGGCAUAAAGAACUCUUGGAGAGAUUGGGACAAAAUGAAUUGGACUCACAAGUGAAUCAGAAGAAUGAAAAAAAUGCGAGAAAUGCGCGAUCGAAAAGGAGUUCAGAUCUCGAAGGAAAGUACUUUACCAAAAAACUAUUCGAAACAUACGGCGACGGCGAGAAUAUGACGAUAGAAGGAUUUGAGAAAAUGCUGAAAAAACUGGGCCUCUUUCAGUCAGAGUCCAAAGUCAGCGAACAAGAAACGCAUAGUAUAGAUAGUAAUCAAUCAGGAAGUAGUUUAGCUAAUAAGAAGGAGCUGCAAAGCAAUAACGGUCUUCAGGGUGCUAACAAGAGUAUCGAUUCCAAACAAAGGUGCUUGAACAGCAAGGAGUUGCUAACCGCCUUAUCGGACGAUGCGACGUACGAGUCCACGACGACAGGCGGUACAACGUUACCUGACGGGUUGUUCGAGCGUGUGUGUCCGGCACUGGUUUAUCAGCUCGUCGCGGUAUCGGCUUCCGACCGGGCCGGUUGCAUUCGCGUCCCAGAAGGCUUCCAAGCCUCCGAGAUUAGCGAAGUGGAAACAGAAGAAAAUACGCGCAACAUGUUCCAAGUAUGGGUGUACUCCACCGUAAGCAUACUGGUGAUCAGUCUUUGCGGUCUUCUUGGUGUUGCUGUGAUACCAGUCAUGGGCAAGAGCUACUAUCACAAUCUGCUGCAGUUCCUGGUCGCCCUUGCCGUCGGCACUCUCUGCGGAGAUGCUCUCAUACACUUAUUACCUCAUUCCAUGGGGUCGGAAUCACAACAUAGUCAUUCUCAUGAACAUAGUCAAAUGCAUUCAUCUGUAGAUCAUAAAGAAGAUGCUCAUAACGUGAUGAUGUGGAAAGGAUUUGUAUCGAUGUUAGGUGUAGCUAUGUUUUUCUUUACUGAGAAAGCAUUGAACUUUAUAUCCGAAUGGAGGAAAUACAACCAGCAGAGUCGCAGAUCAAGUCAAAUACCACCACGGGUCAGAGUAAUAAGGGAGUCCGAUGCAGGAAACAGUAAUACUGUAGGUGAGAAACUUUGCAAACACAAAUACUCGACGUAUCCGUAUUGUUAUGGAGAAAUCGCCACUGAAACUCAAGAUAAUCUCCAUAGUCAUCAACAUAAUCAUCACGAGAGACCACAGACUAUUGAGGAGGAGAAGCCGUUAACUUGCAAUUCUACCAAUUGCACUUCAGUUUCCAAUAAAAUUAUGCCGAAUGAUAUCGAGAAGAAGGGCGAAGACUGGAAACUAGGCGAUACUGUGAUUAUCGAUUCAAAGAAAGCUGUCGAUGGUUCCGAUGUACCAUUGAACGAAACGGAAAGUUAUACUGUGAUUAUUAGAGACCACGAAGCCAAACAUCACGGCCACGGACAUUCGCAUAGUCACGUACAUUCUACGCCGGAUUCAAUGUCGAGUGUCGCAUGGAUGGUUGUGAUGGGAGAUGGUUUACACAAUUUUACGGAUGGUAUGGCUAUAGGUGCUGCUUUUUCAGCAAAUAUAGCCGGAGGAUUCUCAACAACCAUUGCUGUGUUCUGCCACGAAUUGCCUCACGAAUUAGGUGAUUUCGCGGUUCUAUUGAAGGCAGGCAUGAGUGCCAAACAAGCUGUUUUUUAUAAUCUGUUAUCGUCAAUACUUUGUCUGUUUGGCAUGGUCUUUGGAGUAUUACUUGGUGCUACACCAGCUGCGAGUAGUUGGAUGUUUGCUGCAGCUGCUGGCAUAUUCAUUUACAUAGCUCUUGUUGAUAUGAUUCCUGAACUGUCUUCGAAUCACUCAAUAGCACAUGGUGCUCUCUGGCAGUUCCUUCUACAAGGGGCAGGACUGAUCUGCGGUGCCGGCAUCAUGUUGAUUAUUGCACUAUAUGAGCAUGAUCUUCAACACUUAUUCAGCAGCAGCUAAAUUUAAGCCUGACUUAUUUCCGAAACAAGAUAGUACAUAAGUCAAAUUACCGAUAAUGUGUGGUUAAUCCGGAGCCUAAGAGUUCAAUUACAACAGGAGUGUAAGUUUGAAUUUUUGGUUUGAAUGACGAGGAUUCAGAGUGUCUUUAAGUACAUUUAAUUUUCACUCGAAUUAAUGCGCUUGAACAUAAAUGUUUGAAUAGCAUAUGCUGUAAUAAAAAAAGGAAUGCAAACUAAGCGUAAAAAAUUGUGCAGCUCGCAUUUUUAGCUUAUCUAAAUUGUAGGAUUCAAAGUAUACGGCAUUCGGUAAGUUACAGCGCAAAAAAAAUUUUAACGAAAUAUAUAUAUAUAUUUAUAUAUAUAUACACACACAAAGAUAUCAUUUGCAGAGCGCGCUGGAAAUGAAAUUUUUUUAAAGAAAACAUAUUUUGUUUUCUUGUUUAAUAUUAAAAGAAUUUUAUUAAUACGCACAAAAGCUAAUAAUGAAUUCAUCUUGGUUUAUAUAUUUAAGAAAAAUAGAAGCACGUUUUUCAUUGUCAUUAUUCGAUUUAUUUAUUAAUUAUCGUAUGACUUGUUUUUUCUUUUUUUGAGAAAUUAUUGUACUCAUUAUUAUUCUGUAAAUUAAGUUAGAUUUUAGUUGCAUAUUUCGUUUAAUGUAAAAUAGAUUACGUUAAUUCUUAUCUAGGGAAAUUUAUGCGUAAAAUUAAAUUUCGUUGUUAAUCGCAUGAAUCCAUAAAAAAAAAUGAUUUUUAAACAUAAAUGUGGGAACAAUGAUGAAAAAUGCACAUAAACUUUGCAAGAUACGUUGAGCAAGAUAACUUUUUUUGCAGUAUUGUACUUUCACUUAUAAGAUAGAUGAAAAAAUCAAGCUCCGCUUAAAUGAGUUUGCGUAUUGUUCCUUUAAUCAUUGUUAAUAGCUCUCUAAUAAAUUUAUGUAAAAAAAGUCCGAACAAAAAUACAAACACUACAUAAGGAAUUGAAAAGCAAAUAAAAUACUUAUUCUGCGUUACUGAUACUUAAAGUAAAUAGAAUAUUUUGGCGAUUACAAUAUACUUAUAUGCAUUUAAUUAGAAUUUUUGCCCAAAUAACGCAUUCUUAAAUAAUGUACGUUAAUUUUUUUAAAGCAAAAUAUUGUGCUUUGAUAGUAACCAAAAAUAAUGAAAGAUAUUUUUGUUAGUUUUACACACUGUUGCGUUUAAUCAGUGUACUGCUUAAAAAGAAUAGCCAACACAGUCUUAUGUAAAGCACGAAUAUAGUCAAAAGGAACGAUGAGCAUACUUCGUGAGUAAAUAUAGAUUUAUUUUCCAUUCAAUUUAUUAAUUUAAUAUAGCACAAGCUAUAUAUAUAUAUAUAUAUAUAUAUAUAUAUACACACACACACACAUAUGUUUUAGGAAAAAAAAGCUUAUUAAAUAUUUUGAAGUUAUUUUUAUCCAACGUUCCAGCCGGCCGUAACUUCCCGAGUUGUUACAAAAAUGUUGUUAGUUUUUAAUAUUGGAUGAAAAAAAUUUGACAGCAAUAAAAACAAAGCAGACAUUGAAUAUAACUUUGUAUGUGAUUUAGGUCAGCUUCAUAUUAUUAUUUUGAAGAAAGUGUAUUAUUUGUUCGCGUGAAAAAGUGGGAGAUACCUGUACAAACGUAUAUAUUUUCUUUACACUUGUAAAACAAUAAGUGGCUACAAUCACGUCUAUUUUAUAACAAAAAAUAAAGAGAAAACCCAUUAACCAAAAAGUAAUGGUUUGAAUGAUAAA